AUGUCUCGUGCGGCAAAAGCGACCCUAGCUGCGUCUAUUGUGGCUACAACUUUCACUGUCUGGUUCGUGCACUAUCAACAGCAGCAAGAACAUGAGACGAUGUACAAGGGCGUGCUACGCGAUGACGAGCGGAGAAAGGAGAAGAUGAAGCAGAGACAGUUGGAGUUUGAGGAGUCGCAGAGGAAGAGGGCGGUGUAUGAGAGCGUGCAGAAAGUAGAGACGGAGGGAGCUAUACCCUCAGGGGCAUCAAGGUAG